UCCAGACAAGGGAUAAAAGCUGGUGUUUCGGGCGAUGGCAGCGCGGCCCCAUGGCGGAAAUGCAUGUGGUGGUAUCCACGCAGACGGUGGGCGAUGACGCCUCGGAGCCCUUCUUCCGGGGCCCUUGGCAGGGCUGGCGCCAGGACUGGGACGGGGAGAUCGGCUUCCGCUUCCGCGCAGAGGCCACGUUCCUCAUCACCUCCCUGGGCAGGUUUGUGGCGGAGGAGUCCUUAGCGGAGGAUGCUGAAGUGACCCUGUGGGCAGCAAAGACGCAGAAGAAGCUUGGCUCAGUGACGGUCGGCCCAAAGUCGGCGACGGUGGACGGCUAUGCGUACUCUGAGGUCUUCCCGAGGAUUGUUGCACGGCUGGGCCAGGAGUACUGCCUCACCCAGACUUGCCGCCGCGGGAUGAGGGACCCUUGGCCAGAUCACUGCGCAGAGCCUGCGGAGCUCCAGGAGAAAGCCCUGGCCUUUGCAAGGAAUCGUCCUGAGCCAGGGCUCCUUUGCGGCGCAGUUGCCCAAAGCUCAAGGUUCUUGGGCGGCGUCUACGACUUCCACGGUGGCUUCCCAGCCUUUCAGGACAUGGACGAGGGCCGGCGCGCGGGGAUGCUCAACUUCAAGGCUAUGCCCGGCAUUGCGACCAUCCCGAUUCAGCCCAGCAUGACAGUGUAUGGGCUGAAGCAAGAGCUGGAAGCGGUCACUGGAGUACCACCAAUCCAGCAAGAGCUGUCAUGGCGCAUGAAGCCCUUGUCCGGGGACGUACUCUUGACCAGCGAGGGCGUUGCCAGUGGCGACCUGCUGGUUCUCGCAGUUCGGGCGGGAUCUUUGGCGGUCACUGCCAGCCGCGAUGGCACUGCCAGGUUGUGGUCCAUGGAGACGGGUCAGUGCGUGCGGCAGCUGUCGGGCCACCGCGGCCAUCUGCUCCACGCAGAGUUCGCCCCCUCCGGCAGCUCCGUGGUGACAGCCUCCCAGGAUAGCACCGCUCGACUCUGGGUGGUGGAAACGGGCCAAUGCUCGGCAGUGCUGGAGGGCCACACAGCGCCUGUGGUGUCUGCUUGCUUCGCGCCCUCUGGUGCUUCAGUGGUCACCGCCUCGCAGGACCACACAGCCCGGGUGUGGACCAUUGACGGCACCUGCAGCUUCGUCUUGGCCAAGCACGCGGGCGCUGUCCUCUCUGCGCGCUUCUCGCCCGACGGCUCGAAGAUUGCCACUGGCUCCACUGAUUGCACGCUGCGGCUUUGGGACCCCACCUUCGGGGAGCCCCUGCUGCAGGUGAAGGACCAUGGCGGCGGCGUGUUCCUGGCGGAAGUUUCGCCAGACGGCACGCAGUUGCUGACGGCGGCCAUCGAUACGCAGGGGGUGGUCUUGCGGGACGCCGCAUCUGGCGCAGUGCUGCAGAAACUUGCUGAUGGUCGGCUGGCUCAUGAUGCGGCUUUCUCGCCUGAUGGAUGCUACAUCCUCACUGCGAGCUGUGACUGGUCGGCAAGGCUUUGGACUUCCAGCGGGCAGAUGGUGCAGGAGCUGCAGCACGUGGCCCAGGUGCUGCGGUGCCGCUUCUCCGCGGACGGCUCGCUGGCGCUGACUUUGUGCGCCAACCACGCGGCCUUGGUGUGGCGUGUGCCAGAUGGAGAGCUGGUCCAAUCUUUCUCUGGACACUCCGGCCCCGUGACCUGCGGCAGCUUCAGCCCGGACGGCUUGCAGCUGAUCACCGGCUCGGAGGACUGCCACGCUCGCGUUUGGGACGUUGCCUCGGGGCGCUGCACAGCUGUGCUGGCUGGCCAUGAGGCCAGAUUGGAAGCAGUGCGAAUUUCACCAUAGACCUGUAGCAUCGGGAAGACCCCGCGGCUCAGCAGCAGAUUUGGCUACAUUUAAUGUGCGGGUCAAACAACCGCGCGCGCUCGUAGCAAUCUGCGAACUCUUUGGCGAAC